ACCAGCCGUGCGAUGUCUUGUAGCUUGAUGUAAAUUCGCCAGACACCUUUUGUAGACCAAGACGGCGAGCGCUCACGACUCACGUGCGUGGACAAGUAUGGUCGCCAAGAGAAGUGUUAGCUCCUGACCAACUUCAGUCCGACGUCCAUUGUCACACCGACCAUGAAGAAGCACCACAGUCCCACCAAGCGGCAGAAGGACGCGCCAGCGGCGGCGUGUGUGGGCGGCGAGGUGAGCGUCCAGCAACUCAACGAGCUGCUGUCCAACGGCAGCGGCUUCUACAGCCUCCCCACGCAGCACUUCAACCUCGUCUUCCCCAACAUCUACAUCGGCAACGCGUUCGUGGCCCAGAAUGCAAUGCGUCUGCAGAAACUGGGCGUGACCCACGUGCUCAACAUGGCCGAGGGCACCUCCUUCAUGCACGUCAACACCAGCGCCGACUUCUACGCCGGCACGGGCAUCACCUACCACGGCUUCAAGGCCAACGACACGGAGCACUUUGACCUCAGUGCCUUCUUUGAGGAGGGGGCCGACUUCAUCGACAAGGCGCUCGCACACAACAACGGCAAAGGCAAGGUGUACGUCCACUGCAGAGAAGGCUACAGCCGCUCGCCCACCAUGGUGGUGGCUUACCUCAUGCUGCGCCACAAGAUGGACGCCCGGCAAGCGGUGGCCACCGUGCGACUGAAGCGGGAGAUCGGCCCCAACGACGGCUUCCUCCGCCUGCUGUGCCAACUCAACCAGAAGCUGGCCAAGGAGGGCCGGCUGGACGGCGAGGCGGGCAAACUAAAGACCAAAUGAAGAGCUCCCAUCAUGUCCGCAGACCAGCACCCCCGGCUUCCCUCACCGCACGCCCUCGGAUGCCAUCAGUCCUCCCACAGAGCCAAACUACUUCUAGCAUUCCGUCUAGUUGAGAAGUUAACACUCCCGACUCAAAAGACGACAGCACAAUCAUUCCCAGAGAUUCCACUGCCGCCACGCCACGCCAGUCACCUCCACGCCACGCCAGUCACCUCCACGCCACACCAGGAAUCCCAAAUCUACUUUUGUUGGCUCGCUCGCACACUUCAUCUCACCAUCCCAGGAGGUCCACAAGGUCAACUUCACACAUCUCCAGUACAGGUCAGGGGUGUCCAAACUUUUUCCACUGUAGUGGAUUGUCCGAAGCUUAAACAGGCAACAAAAGUAGUUUAGUACAACAAAUGUAUUUACCCAUUAUCAGAAGUGCAGGUUGAAUUAAGUUGGCCGUGCAGACAGACCACAUGUUACUCCGGAGCAAACAAGACACACACAAGCCAAAAUCACUGUCCAGUUCCGGUCUUCUGCCAUUUUUUAUAUGUCUCUUGUGCGUCAUUGUUCCUUAUCUAGUGCGUCAAUGUCUUGUUGUUUUCCCUAUCUGUUCCAUAACAACUGGAAUCCUUUAGACAGUCAACACAUUCUAUAGACUGGUUGGCACGACUUAAUAUUCACUUUUGUCCCACAACUGCUCCAUUCAAUGGCACAAAAUACAAGAGAAUUGAAAAUGAGCGGACAUUCUUAAAAGACAAGAAAUAUUGGUCAAAAGGUCAGAAAUUCUACGACACCACUGAAAAAUGAAAUCAUUUUGGGCCAUUUUGUUAUUUUUAUUUUCAAACCCGAUGCAAUAUAUGGAUUGUAUAACUCCCCUUAAGUUCAUGGAAAUGUUAAAAAUGAGUCAUUAUUUAUACAUUUAUUAUUAUUUAAUGUUUACAUUUAUAGACCAACUUUAACUUUACCUUUAACGUUGUUAAACAACAUAGUCAUAUGUUUUGUGCCCUUUUUGUCAAUGUAAACCCAGUUUAGUUAUAGCAAAAACUAGGGGUGUAACGGUACACAAACAUUUGGGUUGGGUACGUACCUCGGUUUAGAGGUCACGGUUCGGUUCAUUUUCGGUACAGUAAGAAAACAACAAAAUAUACAUUUUUGGGUUAUUUACCAAAUUUGCUACAUUUGCUAUAGAUAAUAAAACAUUAAAUGUGAUAAAUCUAUGGAUAAAAAGCAGAGCUUUAACUGCAUAUAGAAACAAAAAAAAUAAACCCCUGACUGGAAGGAUAGAUAGAAAAUCAACAAUACUAUUAAACCGUGGACAUGUAAAUACACGGUUAAUGCUUUCCAGGCUGGCGAAGGUUAACAAUGCUGUGCUAACGACGCCAUUGAAGCUAACUUAGCAACCGGACCGCACAGAGCUAUGCUAAAAACAUUAGCUCUCCACCUAUACG